GACCAUUUCUCUAUUCUCUCCCUCAACAUUUCCUACUAUUUUACGUUAUGAGCAUUCAACUGGAAUGCUAAGCGACCACUUUUAGAAGCCUUGGCCAUCUGCUCGCUUAGCUGUAUCGGCAAAGCCAGUGGCAAGACUGCAACUUAAUUUCGCAUGGGACAAACUAGGAUCAGUCAUAUUUUCAGCAUUUUUCUGCUACGGCCGGUUUCAUUGUUAUGGGUACCACAACUGGAUCUUUUCUUAUGCAUACAUCGGCGUUUGUGGCAAAGGCAGGCGAUGCAUUACUAUAAGGGAAAUGGGAUGUGGAGACACCACAAGUUCCUGGCGUUUUGCGCUUCCCGUCAUAACUACUGUUUGCUUUACUUUGGGAGAAGAGCAUAUUGUCUUGUAUGUCAUUACGCGUGUAGACGUACGUGUGUAUGGACUAAAACUGUGAGAUGUAGCAUUGUCUAUCUAUCUUUUGAGGGAAGGAAAGGACAGUUGAAUGACUGUACUUGAAAGAAGCGGUGGGUGGUUUACACUCAUCGGAUGGAAGAUUGGUUGGUUGCUCUCUCCUUGUUGGCGUGGUAACGAUGGGACAGGCG